AUGGCGCAUUUCCUGCGUGGUAAGCAGGCAGGUGUGCAGAAUGAUCUGUCCCACGGCAUAUCUUCUGAGUUCUUUAUGCUCGACGAUCUCGCUCGAUAUGGUGUGAAUUCGCAAGUAUCAGCACUGGCCCACGAGCCUGUUCAGUCAUUACUCGCUGUGGGUACCAACGACUCUCAGUUCGGUCCUGGUCAAAUAUAUAUCUAUGGGCAGAGACGAGUGUGUGUGACGUUUAACCUGCAAAAGAGAGCUUCUGUUCAGGAAAUACAGUUUUGUGGUGACAAGCUUGUUGUACUUGAUAGCAAGAACGAUGUGACCAUAUUUAAUCUGGGCUCACGGAAGCGAAUCGCGACAUAUGCACCGCCUGGACGUGUUACUGCGUUGUUGACAGAUCCAAGUUUGGACUACUGCCUGACGGGAUUGCAAAAUGGGGACAUCGUCGCGUAUGACCUCGACCGCGAGCAUAUGACUCCCUUUCGAAUACCCAACCUCUGGCGCGAGAGAGAUCCUAGGGCCAAGAUUGUAUCAAUCGUCUCGCUCCAAUUGCAUCCCAAGGACAUCGGAUCUCUACUGAUUGGUUAUUCCGAAGGAGCUGUGAUAUACUCUUUCAAGCAAAACAAGGCAACAAAGUACUUUCACUAUGAGCUACCAUCUGGGGCUCCUGGUGGUAACCAAGAUGCAAGAAACGCCACUCAAGCGCGAGCACCCAGUCUUACUCAUGCUCUUUGGCACCCUACCGGCACUUUCGUUCUCACUGCGCACGAAGACACGAGCCUCGUUUUCUGGGAUCUUCGUGACGGCCGCGUCUUGGAGGCUAGAACCGUGGAAGAUGUCGCUGUGAACCUACCCAGUACUGGUUCCGCUAAGCGCGCCGAUGCUCUCACUGCAAGUGUUUCCAACAGUUAUGCAAAGAUUGCUUGGUGCUCGAAAGACAAUCCAGAUGACACAGGCAUACUACUCGUUGGAGGCCAGUCAGCUACUGCAGUAGCUCCUGGACUCACCUUCAUCGAUCUUGGACUCACUCCAGUCUAUCAGACUUCGUCGUGGGAUGUCCUUACCAACCAUUUCCGAAACCCAAAGAGGAUUCACAUCCUGCCUACACCACCAAAUGCCAAGGUCACCAACUUUCUGCUCAUCCCUAGAUCUUCUCCUCACUUUGCAGGUUCGCAUGAUCCCAUCGCAAUCAUUGCCACUCUAUCAUCCGGUGAAUUGAUCACAAUUUCCUUUCCUUCGGGACAUCCUAUUUCGCCCACGAAUCUGCUUCACGUAUCUCUAUCUACUGUACAUCCAUUCAUCACCAAGUUUGCAUUUGCAGAUGUGGACCGAACAAGAUGGCUUGGUAUGAAAGAAUUCAGAGAGCGAGGUCCAGGUUUUCUUCUUGGUGGUGGAGAGGCAACAAAACCCAUGAAACGACAUGAAAGCAGAAACAUAAUACAAACAGCUCAUGCUGAUGGCACAAUUCGAGUAUGGGAUGUUGGUAGUGGUGACCAGAUUGAGAAUGGUAGUGCUCUUCAAGCUGACUUGGCACGCGCUGUGAGCAGGUGGGACAACUUGAAUGUUGCACAAAUGGCCAUGUCAGGCGCUACGGGCGAGCUCGCAGUCGGUCUUCAGUCUGGCGAGGUUGUGGUCUUUCGAUUGAACAAGAACCCGAACUUUGGCAGACCACCAACUGGUGGUUCUGAGAACGAAGCACCAGGUCAAAUGACAGAUAUCAGACAGAGAGCAGAUCCAGCACUUAGAGAAGGCUUAAUGCCUUUAACUCUCACAAACGAUCAGCAGGGCGUCGUGACAGCUAUGAAACUAUCAAAUGUUGGUUUCCUUGCUUCAGGAUACGAACAAGGUGGUAUAACAGUCAUCGAUCUUCGUGGUCCUGCCAUAAUUCAUACAGCCCUUCUCUCCUCACUCGUGGCCAAGCGGUCUGGUAGUAUUACAGGCACCAUCCGGGGCAGAAAGCCAAGCCAGAGUCAUGGCUCGACUACAGAACAUCCUUCGGUCAUCGAGUUUGGGAUCAUGACUUUGGACGGUGACGACUAUUCAUCGAUAGCCAUGUUUGUUGGUACCAACAAAGGCAGGGUAGCCACGUUCAAGAUUCUGCCUUCGCAAAGCGGACGAUUCACUGCAGAAUUUGUGGGAGCUGUUAACCUGGCAGAAGAUCGUGUGGUUUCGAUAUCGCCCAUAGUUGCUGAGCUCGGUUCUUCUGCUUCAGCGACAGGACCAGCUAUGGCUGGCUUGCAGCAAGGUCACAAGAUAAACGGUGUCCUCGUCGUCACCACCGUCUCAUCAGCACACAUUUUCAGACCCGCAAGCGCGAAAGGUGCGGCAAAAAGCUUCGACAAUGUCUUCUGCGAUGCAGCCACUGUCACACAGUAUCAACAACGAGGAUAUGCCUUGGUCGGCUUGUUUGGUGACGGCUGCGCUCGAGCUUUCUCGUUACCAGCACUCAAAGAGAUAGGGAGCGUACGCCUCAACCACAUUCUCGAUAUUAAGCGCUUCUCCGAUGCGAAGAUCAACUCCGCUGGCGAUGUAGUAGGCUGGACUGGACCCUCUGAGCUCGCAGUCGCCUCUGUCUGGGGAGCUGGUCAACCAUUACAACCCUCAGCUGACAAACUCUGGGAUCCAACGAAAACACCUAUUCCACGUCCAACAAUCAGUAAUCUUCAAUGGAUUGCCGGGACGCAGUACAUCACACCGUCCGAUAUGGACGUCCUAAUUGGUGGUCCUGAUCGCCCACCCUCCAAGCGCAUGAUGGCCGAGAUGCGUGCACAGCAGGACGCAGAGUUCCAACGGCAAAGGGAAGCUGCGAAGACAGGUCGCCAAGCUGCACCUGACCCUAGUCAGGAGAGCUACUGGCAAUACAUGCAGAGACAGAUCCAGGAAAGAACAGAGAACUUGGGGUUGGCGAGUGAUAGUAUGGACAGGACGGCAGAAGCUAGCAGUACUUGGAGUGAUGAUGUGAGUAAGUUUGUGGCGAAGCAGAAGAGGCAGGCUGUUACAGGGUAUCUUACAGGCAAGUUUGGCUUUUAG